AUGCUGUGACUAUUUAUGCUUGUAUUGAUUGGGGGAAUAGCUCCCAGCCCCACUACAGCUGUUCCUUACAUGUCAGUGAAGUGCAUUGAUGUAAGAAAAAACCACCACAAAACCAAGUGGCUGAUGCCCUGGGGAUCCAACCACUGCGAGAAGCUCAAAGACUUCGACGAGGCGGUGAGCAGGCAGAUCGAAGCCAACGAUAUCGUGUUUGCCGUGCACAUUCCCCUCCCCAGCAAGGAGAUGAGCCCCUGGUUCCAGUUCAUGCUUUUCAUCAUGCAGCUGGACAUCGCGUUCAAGAUGGACAACGACCUAAAAGAAAACGCAGAAAUUACCCUGGAUGUGUCAUUAGCGUAUCGCGAUGACAUGUUUGAUGAUUGGGAAGAAAUAGCACAUGCAAUAGAGAUCAGGAAGCUGAAAUGCACCUUUGGCUCACCAAAAACCCUGGAGUCUGAAGGCCGUCACUACGACUGUGAUUUCCUUCCCUUCAUGGAGAUCGGCAGCGUGGCUCACAAGUACUACCUCAUCAACAUCCGUCUCCCCGUGAACGAGAGGAAGGGCAUUAACGUGGGCAUUGGGGAAAUCAAGGAUAUCCGCCUUGUGGGCAUCCAUCAAAAUGGAGGCUUUACAAAAGUGUGGUUUGCCAUGAAGACUUUCCUCACCCCCAGCAUUUUAAUUAUCAUGGUCUGGUACUGGAGACGGAUCACGCUGAUGACACGCGCUCCUGUCCUGCUGGAAAAGGUCAUCUUUGCUCUGGGAAUUUCCAUGACGUUCAUUAACAUUCCCGUGGAGUGGUUUUCCAUCGGAUUCGACUGGACUUGGAUGUUGCUCUUUGGAGACAUUCGACAAGGCAUUUUCUAUGCCAUGCUCCUGUCGUUUUGGAUCAUCUUCUGUGGGGAGCACAUGAUGGACCAGAACGAGCGGAAUCGUCUCGCGGGGUACUGGAAGCAGGUUGGACCUAUAGCUGUUGGCUCCUUCUGCCUCUUCAUCUUUGACAUGUGCGAGAGGGGAGUGCAGCUGAAGAACCCCUUCUACAGCAUCUGGACCACCGAAGUUGGCACGGAGCUGGCGAUGGCCUUUAUUAUAGUCGCAGGAAUCUGCUUGUGUCUCUAUUUUCUCUUCCUGUGUUUUAUGGUCUUCCAAGUGUUCAGAAACAUCAGUGGAAAGCAGUCAAGCCUCCCAGCCAUGAGCAAGGCUCGCCGCCUUCAUUACGAGGGGCUGAUUUUUAGGUUCAAGUUCCUGAUGCUCAUUACCCUGGCUUGUGCAGCGAUGACGGUCAUCUUCUUCAUCGUGAGCCAGGUGACCGAAGGCCACUGGAAGUGGGGGGACAUAACGAUACAAGUGAACAGCGCCUUCUUCACUGGCAUCUACGGGAUGUGGAACCUCUACGUCUUCGCCCUGAUGUUCCUGUAUGCGCCAUCGCACAAGAAUUAUGGUGAAGACCAGUCGAAUGGUGACCUGGGAGUAAACAGUGGGGAAGAGCUUCAGCUCACCACCACCAUCACCCACGUGGAUGGGCCGACGGAGGUUUAUAAGCUGGCUCGCAAGGAGGCUCAGCAGUAACACUGAGAU